GUCCUAAUCCCCGCCCUCUGUGCUUCAUAACAACAUCCGGGUCUCUAGGUGGGAAGGAGCAGAGAGGAGACAUCCGCUGUGAGAUACCAGAGUCUUUAUUACAUGUCACACGUUCUGUAUUCUCACUGAUUCACUGAAGAUGGACACUGACAAAAGUCUCAAGACUGAGAGGAUAAUAAAUAUCACCCUGGAGAUCAUCUACAUGCUAACUGGAGAGGAUUAUACAGUAGUGAAGAAGACAUCUAGUGAGUUUGAGACACCCAGCAGCCAUCCCCGUGUGUCAGGAGGACUGAGCAGGACCCAGAGCCCCAUCACGUUGCCUCCACCUCACUCACUGAUACACGAGAGGCACAAUGCUCAGAAGAUUCUGGAACUCACCAACAAGAUCAUUCAGCUGCUGACUGGAGAGGAGGGGGAGUAUAUAGAGGAACACAGGGGUCUGUAUAAGGACGUGAUGAUGGAGAAUCACCGGCCCCUCACAUCACUGGAUGGGCCUAGUAACAGAGAUACCCCAGAGAGAUGUCCCCGUCCUCUGUAUUCCCAGGAUUGUACAGAGGAGAAUCACAGGAUCCCACAGGAGGAUCAGAGUGAAGAUCUGGCUGAAGAUAUAGACGGAGAAGAAGAGACGUAUGUGACUGAUAUGAAGGCAGAAGAUACAGAGGGAGAAGAAGAGACGUAUGUGACUGAUAUAAAGGCAGAAGAUAUAGAGGGAGAAGAAGAGACGUAUGUGACUGAUAUAAAGGCAGAAGAUAUAGAGGGAGAAGAAGAGACGUAUGUGACUGAUAUAAAGACAGAAGAUGUAGAGGGAGAAGAAGAGACGUAUGUGACUGAUAUAAAGGCAGAAGAUAUAGAGGGAGAAGAAGAGACGUAUGUGACUGAUAUAAAGGGAGAAGAUAUAGAGGGAGAAGAAGAGACAUAUGUGACUGAUAUAACGGCAGAAGAUACAGAGAGAGAAGAAGAGACGUAUGUGACUGAUAUAACGGCAGAAGAUACAGAGGGAGAAGAAGAGACGUAUGUGACUGAUAUAAAGGCAGAAGAUAUAGAGGGAGAAGAAGAGAUGUAUGUGGGUGAUAUAAAGGCAGAAGAUAUAGAGGGAGAAGAAGAGACGUAUGUGACUGAUAUAAAGGCAGAAGAUAUAGAGGGAGAAGAAGAGACGUAUGUGACUGAUAUAAAGGCAGAAGAUAUAGAGGGAGAAGAAGAGACGUAUGUGACUGAUAUAAAGGCAGAAGAUACAGAGGGAGAAGAAGAGACGUAUGUGACUGAUAUAAAGGCAGAAGAUAUAGAGGGAGAAGAAGAGAUGUAUGUGAGGGGUGAUCAGCAGUGUAAGGAGGAGGAGAUCCCUACAUAUACCAGCACAGGUGGAUGUGGCAGCCGGAAUGUCUCAGAGGAUCAUCUGAUUCUAUUGCCAGAUGGUGAAAUAGAAGAAAAACAUGUCACCCAAGAAUCUCCAGAAGAAAUCCCUCUUACCCCAAUUACACAGGCAGCACGUCACCGUGCAGAUAUGUCACCUGUUCCCUCUGAUCCUGGGGAAUGUCCCCCUGAUAACUCUUAUAUUGGUGCAUCUGUUACAGCUCUUACAGUAGAUACAGAGUUACCCUCUACUGUAGAUGCCAAAUGUUUUACACAGGACACACAGGUUAUUACCCAUCAGCCAGGUGAGAAUCCAUUUCCAUGUUCUGAGUGUGGGAAAUGUUUUACAUGGAAAUCACAUCUUGUUACACAUCAGAGAAGUCACACAGGUGAGAAGCCAUUUCCAUGUUCUGAGUGUGGGAAAUGUUUUACACGGAAAUCAUCUCUUGUUAUACAUCAGAGAAAACACAUAGGAGAGAAACGAUUUCCAUGUUCUGAGUGUGACAAAUGUUUUACAUACAAAUCACAUCUUGUUAGACAUCAGAGAAAACACAUAGGAGAGAAACCAUUUUCAGACUCUGAGUGUGAGAAAUGUUUUAUAGACAAAUUAGCUCCUGUUACACAUCAGAGAAGUCAUACAGGUGAGAAGCUAUUUCCAUGCUCUCAGUGUGGGAAAUGUUUUACUGUACAUUCAAUUCUUGUUAGACAUCAGAGAAGACACACAGGCGAGAAACCAUUUCCAUGUCCUGAGUGUGGGAAAUGUUUUACAGAUAAAUCAUCUGUUGUUAGACAUCAGAGAAGACACACAGGUAAGAAACUAUUUCCAUGCUCUGAGUGUGAGAAAUGCUUUACACAGAAAUCAGAUCUUGUUUUACAUGAGAGAAGUCACACAGGUGUGAAGCCUUAUGCGUGUUCUGAGUGUGGAAAAUGUUUUACACACAAAUCAUAUCUUGUAAUACAUCAUAGAAGUCACACAGGUGAGAAGCCAUUUUCAUGUUCUGAGUGUGGGAAAUAUUUUACGCAGAAAUCAUCUCUUGUUACACAUAAGAGAAGUCAUACAGGUGAAAAGCCAUAUCCAUGUUCUAAGUGUGGGAAAUGUUUUACACAGAAAUCAUAUCUUGUAAUACACCAUAGAAGUCACACAGAUGAGAAGCCAUUUUCAUGUCCUGAGUGUGGGAAAUAUUUUACACAUAAAUCAUCUCUUGUUACACACCAGAGAAGUCACACAGGUGAGAGGCCAUUUUCAUGUUCUGAAUGUGAGAAAUGUUUUACAUGGAAAUCAUCUCUUGUUACACAUCAGAGAAGUCAUACAGGUGAGAAGCCAUUUCUAAGUGCUGAUGUUCUGGAGGGAGCAUCAUUUGCGCCAGCAACUGUGCAAGCCGACAUUAUUGUGAUUCCAAAGCCGGAGAGGGAUCCAACGCAAUGCUCCAACUAUCGCCCGAUUUCAUUGCUGAAUGUAGAUCUUAAGAUAUACAGUCAAGUCCAAGCCAACUGCUUGGCUCCCCUACUUAUACAACUGAUACACCCGGACCAAGUGGGCUUCAUCUCCGGCCGCCAGGCCUCCGAUAAUACCAGGAGAGCCAUAGAUUUGAUUUACUCUAUCCAUAAACAGAAGCUACCCUCGUUGUUGCUAGCACUGGAUGCCGAGAAGCCUUUUGACAGAAAAUCCUGGCCCUUCGCUUUUUCAGUGUUCCGGAGGAUGGGCUUUUCUGGCAAAUUCCUAGAAGGUGUUUCGGUGCUUUACAGAUCCCCUACUGCCACCUUUUCUGUUAAUCGCCUCAACUCUUCCGCGUUCAGUAUCACUAACGGCACCAGACAGGGAUGCCCGCUCUCCCCGUUGCUGUUUGCCCUGGUUAUGGAACCGCUGGCAGCAAGAAUCCAAGGUAAUAUAGAUAUAGCUGGAGUGUGGGUAGGCCCUUCUGAACAUAAAAUUGCGUUAUACGCUGACGAUGUCCUAAUAUCUUUGGGAUCCCCAUCUCAGUCGUUACAAUCGCUCCUUUCUGAGAUAGACCUCUACUCUAAAUAUUCAGAUUAUAAACUUAAUACGGGUAAGACUGAAGUAUUGAAUUUUUAUAUCCCCGGCCCGAUUAAGCUCUCUUUGGAAAACUCCUUUCCAUUUCAAUGGCACAAGCAAAAGAUCAAAUACCUAGUCUACAGGAGGAGCGGCCUGUGGUGCCCUGGUAAUUUUACUAUACAGAGCAGGACCCAGAGACCCAUCACGGUGUCUCCACCUCACUCACUGAUACAUGAGAGACACAAUGACCAGAAGAUCCUGGAAUUCACCAACAAGAUCAUUCAGCUGCUGACUGGAGAGGAGGAGGAGUAUAUAGAGGAACACAGGGGUCUGUACAAGGACGUGAUGAUGGAGAAUCCCCGGCCCCUCACAUCACUGGAUGGGCCCAGUAACAGAGAUACCCCAGAGAGAUGUCCCCGUCCUCUGUAUUCCCAGGAUUGUACAGCGGAGAAUCACAGGAUCCCACAGGAGGAUCAGAGUGAAGAUCUGGCUGAAGAUACAGAGGGAGAAGAAGAGACGUAUGUGACUGAUAUAAAGGCAGAAGAUAUAGAGGGAGAAGAAGAGACAUAUGUGACUGAUAUAAAGGCAGAAGGUAUAGAGGGAGAAGAAGAGACGUAUGUGACUGAUAUAAAGGCAGAAGAUAUAGAGGGAGAAGAAGAGACGUAUGUGACUGAUAUGAAGGCAGAAGUUAUAGAGGAAGAAGAAGAGACUUAUGUGACUGAUAUGAAGACAGAAGAUAUAGAGGGAGAAGAAGAAACGUAUGUGACUGAUAUGAAGGCAGAAGAUAUAGAGGGAGAAGAGACGUAUGUGACUGAUAGAAAGGCAGAAGAUAUCGGGAGAGAAGAAGAGACGUAUGUGACUGAUAUAAAGACAGAAGAUAUAGAGGGAGAAGAAGAGACGUAUGUGGCUGAUAUAAAGGCAGAAGAUACAGAGGGAGAAGAAGAGACGUAUGUGACUGUUAUAAAGGUAGAAGAUACAGAGGUAGAAGAGACGUAUGUGACUGUUAUAAAGGCAGAAGAUAUAGAGGUAGAAGAAGAGACGUAUGUGACUGUUAUAAAGGCAGAAGAUAUAGAGGUAGAAGAAGAGACGUAUGUGAGGGGUGAUCAGCAGUGUAAGGAGAAGACAAUCCCUACAGAUAUCCGCACAGGUGGAUGUGGCAGCCGGAAUGUCUCAGAGGAUCAUCUGAUUCUAUUGCCAGAUGGUCAAAUAGAAGAAAAAUAUGUCUCCCAAGAAUCUCCUAAAGAAAUCCCUCUUACCCCAGUUAUACGGGCAGCACGUCACCGUGCAGAUAUGUCACCUGUUCCCUCUGAUCCUGGGGAAUGUCCCCCUGAUAACUCUGAUAUUGGUGCAUCUGUUACAUCUAUUACAGUAGAUACAGAGUUACCCUCUACUGUAGAUGCCAAAUGUUUUACACAGUAUACACAGGUUAUUACCCAUCAGCCAGGUGAGAGGCCAUUUCCAUGUCCUGAGUGUGGGAAAUGUUUUAUAAAGAAAUCAGCUCUUGUUACACAUCAGAGAAGUCAUACAGGUGAGAGGCCAUUUCCAUGUUCUGAGUGUGGCAAAUGUUUUACACGGAAAUCACAUCUUGUUACCCAUCAGAGAAAACACACAGGUGAGAAGCCAUUUCCAUGUCCUGAGUGUGGGAAAUGUUUUACAGAUAAAUCAUCUGUUUUUUCACAUCGGAGAAAUCACACAGGUGAUAAACCGUAUCCAUGCUCUGAGUGUGGGAAAUGUUUUACACAUAAAUCACAUCUUGUUUUACAUGAGAGAAGUCACACAGGUGAGAAGCCUUAUGCGUGUUCUGAGUGUGGGAAAUGUUUUACACACAAAUCACAUCUUCUUAGACAUCAGAGGAUUCACACAGGUAAGAAACUAUUUCCAUGCUCUGAGUGUGAGAAAUGCUUUACACAUAAAUCAUCUCUUGCUACACAUCAGAGAAGUCACACAGGUGAGAGACUCUUUCCAUGUUCUGAGUGUGGGAAAUUUUUUAUACAUAAAUCAGAUCUUAUUAAACAUCAGAGAUGUCACACAGGUAUGAGGCCAUUUCCAUGUUCUCAGUGUGGGAGAUGUUUUAGAAAUGAAUCAGGUCUUGCUAGACAUGAGAAAAGUCACACAGGUGAGAAACCAUAUCCAUGUCCUGAAUGUGGAAAAUGGUUUACACAGAAACCACAUCUUGUUACACAUCAGAGAAGUCACACAGGUGAAAAGCCAUUUCCAUGUCCUGAGUGUGGGAAAUGUUUUACACGGAAAUCACAUCUUGUUACACAUCAGAGAAGUCACACAGGUGAAAAGCCAUUUCCAUGUUCUGAGUGUGAGAAAUGUUUUAUACAUAAAUCAGAUCUUAUUAAACAUCAGAGAUGUCACACAGGUGAGAGGCAAUUUCCAUGUCCUGAGUGUGGGAAUUGUUUUACACGGAAAUCAUCUCUUGUUACACAUCAGAGAAGUCACACAGGUGAGAAGCCAUUUCCAUGUUCUGAGUGUGGGAAAUGUUUUACACGGAAAUCAAAUCUUGUUACACAUCAGAGAAGUCACGCAGGUGAGAAGCCAUUUCCAUGCCCUGAGUAAGUGGAGUUACUCAGGUGGUACUUUGUGUGUUUGCAAAUGAGAAUAUUUUAUCCCAAAAAUAAACAUUAGUAAGCAUAGUAUGUCACAGGAUACUGUAUCUGUUGUUCUAAUUAAUUUUAAUAAUACCAUUAAAUAUCACAACUAAAUCAUAAAAUCUAUAAAAUAAACAUAUUUGGUGGAUUACA